ACCCUUUGGGGAAAGGCCAACGACUGCAGGGAGCACUCAGGAUCUGCCUUCAGUGAACCAUGGGGCUCAGUGACCAGGAAUGGCAGCAGGUCCUGACCGUCUGGGGAAAGGUGGAGUCUGACCUCGCCGGCCAUGGGCAUAUAAUUUUAAUGAGACUCUUUCAGGACCACCCUGAGACCAUUGAAAAGUUUGAAAAAUUCAAAGGCCUGAAGACCCCUGAUGCAAUGAAAGGCUCUGAGGAUCUGAAAAAACAUGGAGCUACUGUUCUUACCCAGCUGGGAAAAAUCCUGAAACAGAAGGGUAAUCACGAGUCAGAGCUGAAGCCCCUGGCUCAGACCCACGCGACCAAGCACAAAAUCCCUGUCAAAUAUUUGGAGUUCAUUUCUGAAGUCAUUAUCAAGGUCCUUGCUGAAAAACAUGCUGCAGACUUUGGGGCUGAUGCCCAGGCUGCAAUGAAGAAGGCCCUGGAGCUGUUCCGAAAUGAUAUGGCCGCCAAGUACAAGGAGUUCGGCUUCCAGGGUUAGCACAUAUGCACAAAGGAAUAUCAUGAUGGAGGACUGGCCAAGCAUCUUAGAUAGCUUCCCCAGCACUGUUUUGGACAUCUCACAACUGGCCAUCCAUGAUGUGUGGGAAAGCUUUGAUGAGAGGCCAAGAGUCACUCCAGGCAGAAUAGAGGCACUCAGAGUGAUAUCCAUGAUAAACUGUUGUUUCUUGGCUUCAUGUAUACAAAAGAAAUAAUCUGCUUUCUUAGGAAAAA